UCUGCUCGCCCGCCCUCGCCGGCGCCCCGCCGCCCCGUCCAGCUUCCCGCCUGACGCGCCCGCCGGCCCCGCAGCGCCUCUAUGAGUGCAGCCUUUCCGCCGUCGCUCAUGAUGAUGCCGCGCCCUCUGGGAAGCAGCACUGCCUUCAGCAUAGACUCGCUCAUCGGCAGUCCGCCGCAGCCCAGCCCGGGCCACUUCGUCUACACGGGCUACCCCAUGUUCAUGCCCUACCGGCCCGUGGUGCUGCCGCCGCCCCCGCCGCCGCCCCCGGCCGCGCUGCCCCAGCCGGCGCUGCCGCCCUCGCACGGGCACCACCACGCGCAGAUGCCCAGCCUGCCCGCCAGCUUCUGCUCCAGCCUGGCGCAGGGCAUGGCGCUCACGUCCACGCUCAUGGCCACGCUGCCGGGCACCUUCUCCGCCUCGGCGCAGCACCAGGAGGCGGCCAGGAAGUUCGCCCCGCCGGCGCUCCAGGGCACCUUCGACAAGGCGGACGGCCUGCAGGCCGAGGCCGAAGACGGCAAGGCGUUCCUGGCCAAGGAGGGCUCGCUGCUGGCCUUCUCGGCCUCCGAAGCGGUGCAGGCGUCCCUGGGAACCGUCCGAGGCGCGUCGGGGAAGGAGGAGGCCAAGGCGGCGGAGGAGGAGGCCAAGGGCAAGGAAGAGAGCUUCUCCAUGGACAGCGACCUCGACUACAGCUCCGACGACAACCUGCCCGGCCCCGCGGCGCACAAGGAGGACGACUCGGGCCACGGGCUGGAGGAGGGCGGCCCCAGCUCGGCCAGCGCCAACAGCACCACGUCGACGGGCAAGAACCGGCGGCGGCGGACGGCCUUCACCAGCGAGCAGCUGCUGGAGCUGGAGAAGGAGUUUCACUGCAAGAAGUACCUGUCGCUGACGGAGCGCUCGCAGAUCGCGCACGCGCUCAAGCUCAGCGAGGUGCAGGUCAAGAUCUGGUUCCAGAACCGGCGCGCCAAGUGGAAACGGGUGAAAGCCGGCAACGCCAACUCCAAGACCGGGGAGCCCUCGCGGAACCCCAAGAUCGUCGUGCCCAUCCCCGUCCACGUCAGCAGGUUCGCCAUCAGGAGUCAACACCAGCAGCUGGAGCAGGCCAGGCCCUGAGCGAGGGCGGAGGGGAAAGAGAGAGACGGAGAGAGGGAGGGGGGGAAAGGCCACCUGCUUCCUCGGCCCCCUCCCCGCUCAAGUUUGGAGGAAUACAAACACGCAAGCCAACAGACGCGCGCCUCCCCUGCAACUCCGGUCCGGGCUCCGGGGAGAGCCCUCCCUCUGGCUCUCUUCCUCUCCGUCCCUCCGCUGCCAAACUGAAGGCGAACUUUCCCGCGAGGCGCAGACUGCCUUGGCGCGGUCGGGUUCCGGAGCGGGAGUCUCGGAAGCCAGGAAAAGACGAUUUACCUAUUUAUUAGACUGCCCGAACUUUGUACAUAGAGCGCUGGAUCUCGGCUGCGGGAUUUUGACUGAGAGAGGACCAAAGGAGCGGCGGCGUCAAGUCUUACAUUCCAGAACUGCGGACUUUUGGGCGGGGAAGGGAGAUGUUCCCCCGCCCCGUUUCUUUCGGGAGAGAAAAUAAGACGAAAAGGACCGGUUUAAUUUUUGCUGCUGCUGCUGCUGCUGCUGCUUCUUUUCUCCCUCCAUCCCUCCCCUUCUUUUUUUCUUUUUGGUUGCGGCGGAAGGCUGAGCGAAUGAGGCAUUCUUCAGGUGGAUCCCUCCCUCCCUAUAGAUUCCCCCAUUUUAUUUAAAGUUUUGGCCUUCUCUCGACUUGGUUGCCUUGCCUAAGCCAUGUUCCUUUCCUCUUUCAAAUGCACGACCUUUUUAUUUUUGGUUGUUGUUCUCUUGUGUUGCAUUAAUUUAUUUCAAAUGUAGUUUACGCUUUUUUCUUAAGUUAUGAAAACGAAAUGAAACACAGUAAUGUUAUAAAUAAAAACCUGAAAAAGAAAAGGAAGAAAAAGGGGGAAAUGCUCA